CUCCGAUUCACACUGCCACCAUCCACCAUCCACCAUCCGUCAAAAACAGCUGAUGCCAAUAACAAGUUCAUUAAAUUUGCGCGGAAGAUUUAUUAAUUCUUGGUUCUUAUAAUGGAUGAUGAAGAUAUAGCAAUUAUUUCGGCUGUGGUUCAACAGCAAAAUAUUUUCUUGCACCAACUAAUAAUGUUGCUGUCAAUGAAUAAUGAUGAUGACGAUGAUGACUUUAACAUUGACGAGGAUGAGAUGACCCAGAUGACUGCCAUAAAAACACAAAAGCCAGGAAGAUUAUGGUCGUUUAAGCGGUUCGGGACAUUUUGGGAGAAAGAUGUACCAGAAAACAACGAGGCGUUUUUCAAAGAGAGUUUCCGAAUGGAGAGGCCCUGCUUUGAUAUUUUAGUGAAUCGGCUUGAAGUGCUGCGAAAGAAGGACACCAACUGCCGAGCUGCAAUUCCUUUGGAAAAGCGCAUCGCCAUUGCGCUAUACACUUUGGACUCGUCCUCUGAGUACCGAACAGUUGGCAGGCUUUUCGGUGUAGCUCCAAACAGUGUGUGUAAUAUCCUGCACGAGUUUUGCAGAGCACUUAUCGACGAGUUUUCGAAGGAGUACAUGUCGCCCAAUUACCUAACUUCCGACAAAAUUGAUGAGUGCGUAAAGGGAUUCGAGGCAAUUGGGUUUCCUCAGUGCCUAGGUGCAAUUGAUGGAUGCCACAUCGAAAUAAAACCACCAGCACCUGAGGCAGUAGACCACCAUAACUAUAAGGGCUGGUAUUCCACAGUCUUGUUUGCCCUAGUGGAUUAUAGAUACAGAUUUACAUAUGUAAAUAUCGGCUCUGCAGGAAGGUGCAAUGACUCGAUGAUAUACCAGAAGUCAAGCCUUGCAAAACAUAUCGAAGCAUCGGCAUUACUCCAAGAGAAAGCCAAGGAAAUAAGCGGAGUAAACGUCCCUGUAAUGCUUAUUGGGGACUCGGCAUUUAGGUUUUCUAAAAAGCUGAUGAAACCUUACCCGUUUUCCACUGUCGCCUCUUUGGAACAGCGCACGUUUAACUACAACCUUUCCAAAGCUAGGCGAGUGGUGGAAAAUGCAUUUGGGCAUUUAAAAGCCAGAUUUCGAAUAAUCGGAAAAGGUCUUGAUAGCCACCACAAAAAUAAUAGCGCCAUAAUAAUGAGCUGUUGUAUUUUACACAAUAUAUUAAAUAUGCACAACAGCGCGAUUAAUGAAAAUUGGGAGCUUGCAACAAAUGAGCAGCGCGAACAGCCCGAUACCAGCAACAGUUCUGCUGACUUUAAUCAGUCAGCAGAACAGAUACGAUCUGCAAUCGCAAAAUAUUGUGUAGACCGUAAUGAAAAUUAAAAA